AUGGGUCGAGGGGGUGUGGGGAAGGGAGGUGGGGUGCCCACGGAGCCGGGAUCAUGGAGGGAGGGGAAGGACGUGGUUCGCCGCCAGCCGUUCCCCACUAACAUCCUGGAAUGCUUUCGCCGCAGGUCCCGGCUCGCGCCCGCAGACCCCCACACUCGCCGCCAUGGUGAGUACGACCCCUGCGUGGAACCCCCUCGGGAACCUCGCAAAAUUGAGGAAAUCAAGGACUUCCUGCUCACGGCCAGGCGAAAGGAUGCCAAAUCUGUCAAGAUUAAGAAGAACAAGGACAAUGUGAAGUUCAAGGUUCGGUGCAGCAGGUACCUCUACACCCUGGUCAUCACAGACAAAGAGAAGGCCGAGAAGCUGAAGCAGUCCCUGCCCCCAGGUUUGGCAGUGAAGGAGCUGAAAUGA